AUGGUUCUUGAGAUCAUAUGUGGUCGGAAGACCAAUAGCUUUCAACCAAGUGGAGUAGCUCUCCAUGCGUGGACAAAUUGGCGCGGGGAUAGAGCACUGGACAUUGUAGAUUCAGCGAUCACAGAGAAUGUAUCAAGAAACGAGAUGAUGAAAUGCAUCAACAUAGGACUGUUAUGCGUUCAAGAGAGUGUGACGAGGAGACCAAACAUGAACUCAGUAGUUCACUGGCUCAAGAGUAACUCUGUGACUCUUCCGGUUCCAUCAACACCUGCGUAUGUUGUUCAUAGUGAGUCAGGUGAAGCUUCUCGUGUUUCGCAGUCGACGGUCAAUGUUUCAAUCACUGAGCUUGAGCCACGUUGA